GCGUGGCGCGAAACAGGUAGUGGUGCAUUCGUUGAAAUGAUAGGACACUUCGAUUGAUUGAAUCUAUCUAGAAUUUUCUUGUACUAUCACGAAACCAUUUUAACAAAACGUUUGAUAUUCCCGAUCGAUCUUCGUAAAGUGUACAUUAUCGAUUUUUGAUUCGAUCACGAUUAAAACGUCGACCUUGUGACAUUUCCUACUAUAAUUCGAUAUAUUGAUACCAUACACGAUUCGAUAUAUAUCAUUGUUGAUUUUGACUUCAAUAUUUCCUUUUAAUGAUCCUUGAAGUAAAGAAGUAAAAUCGAUAAGUCGUAAUCAUAGUGAGUUUACGAUUUAGUAUCGGUAAUAUUGAACACAAAAGCGAGCAAAAAUUACAGCCAAGAACUUUACUUGUAAAUCUUUCGCGUUUCUUGUGAAGAUAUAGUAGCGGUGAAAAUUGCUCGAUUAAAAGUUCGUUGGGAAUGCACGUACUCGUGCACAAGCCUUGGACUACGUCCCCGUGAAAAUAAAGGGAUUGGACCAAGGGAAGGAUUACUAAAAAUUCGACUGCGGCUUGUACAAGCGGAAAUCCGUAUUUGACGGCGUCUCAAGUUUAAGAAAAGAACUUGAGAACUCGAAAGGACCAUCAGCAGCAAAAGUUUAAAGUUAUGACAACAUCCAAUGGGAUAAAGGAUGACCAAACAUCGAGAGUGCAGUGGCAGAAGAUUCAUACUGGUCAGGAUGAAGACAUGCGUGUUUAUGGAUUCGAAAAGAGCAGAUCUAAAAGUAUCCUGACUUAUGUUUCUUACGUAUUAACCAUCGGGUGGAUCAGACUCUUGUUCCACUGGUAUCCCCAAUUACAUCUCUAUGCUACUCACAACAAAUGUUCUUUGAGUUGUGCCACGAAAUUGCUUAUAACUGAUAACUAUCAAGGAAAAUAUAAAUCAUAUUUCGUGAAGGAUGUGAAGACUAUCUCGGCAAAGAAUAUCAGUACCCGGGAUUUAUUCAGAGAUUUGGGUAGCAAUGAUGAGGAGUUCGUGGAGAAAAUCAGGUGUAAAAAGUUGAAGAUUAAUUUAGAGAAUGGCACACAGUGUGAAAUGUACGAGGUCAGAGCUUUCUGGUGUAAAAAGCAAUGUUACAUCUGGGACGUUACACAAAAUACAUUUUCUAGAUUGGUAGGCCUAGACAAGUACACACUGUGUUCGGAUCUUAAUCUUAAUAAUAAUCAUGGACUCUCUAAGGAAGAACAAUGCCUUAGACGGAUCGUAUACGGAAGCAAUGAAAUCGGCGUUCCUGUGCAAAAUAUAGGCGUAUUACUAUUGUUAGAAGUCUUGAAUCCAUUUUACAUUUUUCAAGUAUUUACUCUGUGUGUGUGGUUUACAGAAGGCUAUUUAUACUAUACCGCAGCAAUCAUAUGUAUGUCAUUGUUUGGAAUUAUCAGCUCUAUAAUACAAACCCGUAAGAAUCAAAUCAAUCUUCACGGUACAGUCACAUCCACGGAAACAGUUCGCGUGUACAGGAACUCUAAAGUGACAGAAAAUAUACCGAGCAGUGAUUUAGUACCAGGUGAUAUCAUAGAACUACCCAAGCAUCAGGCCACUGUCGUUUGCGAUGCGGUACUUUUAACAGGACAAUGCAUUUUAAACGAAUCGAUGCUGACUGGGGAAUCUGUACCCGUAACGAAAACCCCAUUACCAUCGCGUCACGUUUUGUACGAUUCUAAAGAAUGCUCUCAUCAUACGAUGUAUAGCGGCACCACUAUUAUCCAAACAAGAAGUUACAACGACCAACCAGUUCUAGCUCGAGUUAUUCGAACAGGAUUCCAUACGAGUAAAGGUUCUUUGGUCGCUGCUAUCUUGUACCCACCCCCUGCAGAUUUUAAGUUCGAUCAAGAUUCUUACAAGUUUAUUGGCAUACUAGCACUUAUCGCAACAUGCGGUUUCAUUUACACUAUUGUAACCAAGGCAUCCAGGGGAAUCACAGCGGGAGAUAUAGUGAUAAAAGCUUUAGAUAUAAUAACAAUAGUAAUUCCACCAGCAUUACCUGCAGCAAUGACCGUAGGAAAGUUAUACGCUCAAGUACGAUUGAAACGAGCACAAAUAUACUGUAUUAGUAAUAGAGUUAUUAACGUAUCUGGCAGUAUAAAUUGCAUCUGUUUCGAUAAGACUGGUACUUUAACAGAAGAUGGUUUAGAUAUGUGGGGCAUUGUGCCUUGUACGAAUGGUGUUCUCGGUGAAGCAGAAAGAUCUAUUCCCAAAUUAAAUAAUCAUCUUCUCUUUGAGGGAAUGUUAGUUUGUCAUAGCUUAACAUUAAUAAAUGGUACACUCUGCGGGGAUCCUUUAGACGUUAAGAUGUUCGAAAGUACCGGAUGGAUAUUAGAAGAGUUCAAUAACGAACAUUCGAAUAAAUACGAUCUCGUAGCACCAACAAUCGUGAAACCGCCAAAAAACAAUAGUUUCACGCAAAAUAUGAAUGAAAUAUCGGAAAUUGGAAUAGUGCAACAAUAUCAAUUCUCGAGCUCUCUCCAACGAAUGUCUGUGAUAGUACGCGUACUGGGUUCCGAUACGUACAAAGCUUACACGAAAGGAUCACCCGAGAUGAUACUUAGUUUAAGCAAACCCGAAACCAUACCGAAAGAUAUAAUGAUCUGUUUAAAACGUUACACAGAACAGGGUUAUCGAGUGAUAGCUAUGGGACAAACGAAAUUACCCGAAAAUAGUAAUAAGAUAAUGAAAUUGCCUCGAGAUGCGGUCGAACAGAACCUUGAAUUUCUAGGCUUAGUUAUUAUGGAAAACAGGUUGAAAGCACCAACUAUACCAGUGAUCAAGGAGCUAAGAACAGCUAACAUACAUGUUUUAAUGAUUACGGGAGAUAACAUUCAGACUGCAGUGAGCGUUGCAAAAGAAUGUGGCAUUUUGUCGCCGCAAGAAUCUGUGAUAGAUGUGACGGUAGUUAUGGAAGAAAAUAAAUCACAGCCUGAGAUUUAUUUCAAUGCUCAAGAAAUGUCUUCAAAAUUGAGUCUUCAUAAUAAAAAACUUAACAUACUGGAAUUGAAAGAUAUAGAACGAAAUAUAGGCAACACUAAUUAUAGAUUCGCAUUAACAGGCCAAUCAUGGCAAUUAUUGCGUGAGCAUUAUCCAGAUAUCAUAGCAAAAAUUUGCGUCCGUGGUGCAAUAUUUGCCCGGAUGACCAGCGAUCAGAAGCAACAAUUAGUGUUGGAAUUAAUGCAACUUGGUUAUUAUGUGGCUAUGUGUGGAGAUGGUGCUAAUGAUUGCGGUGCUCUGAGAGCCGCACAUGCAGGCAUAUCUUUAUCCGAAGCAGAAUCUAGCGUUGCGAGCCCCUUCACAUCCAAAGUACCGGAUAUAACCUGCGUACCAAAGGUGAUAAAGGAAGGUCGUGCUGCACUAGUUACGUCAUUUGGAAUUUUCAAAUUUAUGGUCACCUAUUCAUUGACAGAAUUUUUAUCUGUCAUUAUUCUCUACUCGAUCGACUCGGAUCUGACAGAUUUGGAGUUUCUGUUCAUCGAUAUCUGUCUUAUCGUUAACUUUGCUUCAUUUUUCGGAAAAACUCGAGCGUACGAAAAGCAGUUAGUAAAAAAACCUCCUAUGACUAGUUUGCUAAGUUUCACGUCGAUCUUCUCUUUGUCUGUACAUAUGUUGAUAAUGACGAUUUUUCAAACUAUCGCUUAUCAUGCGGUUCGCACUUUUCCAUGGUUUACACCAUUCAUUUACAGCAAUGACACUGGAUAUAUGUGUUAUGAGAAUUAUUCCGUUUAUUGCGUUUCUAUGUUCCAGUAUAUAACGAUGGCUAUAAUAUUUUCACGUGGGAAACCAUAUCGAAAAGCCAUUUACACGAAUAUUGCAUUUAUAUCUUCCAUAAUAUUAUUGACCAUCGUUUGCGCUUAUAUCACGGUUUAUCCAGCAAAUUGGAUAGUAAAUAUGCUUCAACUAUUCUUGCCUCCAGCGUACGACUGGAGGAUUAUUAUUUUAGCACUCGCUUUUGCGAACUUUGUAGUUUGUUUCUUCGUUGAAACGUUUGUUAUAGAGUAUUUAAUUGAGAAAAAAUCCAAAUCGAAAUUUUACAAACCUGAGAAAUCUAAAAAGGAAUAUUUAAGAAUAGAACACGAGCUAAAGAACAACUUAAGUUGGCCAACGCUAAGUAAAGAAUUACCAACUUUACCAUUAACUCCGAGCGUAGAAAAUAUCAUUAACGUAACGUAUCCAGAGGAGAAAUCUUAUAAUAAUGACACUAAAACGAAUUUACAAAACAAUAGGACAAUAAAGUCUAAAAACAAUGAUGGAUUGCACGCAUUUGAUAACUACUCAUUCGUUGAUGAUGAAUCACCACGAAAUACAAAUAUGGUAACUAGAGUUUAAGUCGUACCUUGAAAAUACUUUACCCGAUUUUACAAUUUUCAGUACUAAUAUAUGUGCGUAAGUAUUACGAAGUAUUUUCGAAACUUUAAGAGUGGUGCUGUAAAACGAUACAAACAUUUUCAAAAUAAUGCUUGUAAUUGUUGUAUAUGUAUAGUGUAUGUUUGUAAUAAUUAUCAAGUAAUUAUCAAUAAUUUAAUAAAAUUAACGAUUGCAUAUUACUAAUAAUGUUUCAAUGUCGAAUAAUAUUUUUGAAAUUUUAAUAGUAA